AUGACCGAGAUAGACCAAGUCAGACGCGAGGCAGCGCUCCUGGCGCGCCGGCGCGAGGAGAUAGACAUGCUAAAGCAACAGCGAAAGGAGCGCUUGCACACCUCGGCUACUGUCAACUUUAGUGGCAAGCAGAAAAAGCAACAGCUGCGCGCACGCAAGCAGCGAUUGGCCUCACGCCGUGACGAUGCGGCGCUUGAUUUACAGAGAGCGCAGUAUGAAGAGUUUUACGUCGAGAAAAUUGAAACAAUCACAAAGGAUAAUCGGGAUGCUGACAUCGAUGCAUUUCACAAUGAACCGGACUUUUUUGCGCUCAAUAAUGACCUGGACAAUGAUCUCAGUUCUCGGUUAAAACUAACGGUAGCAUUGGGCAAGAAUAACAAAGAUGCCGUGGAAAAGGAGUUAUCAAGUUUUUUUGUGAAAGAAACAAAAGAGCAGAUCCAGCUGAGAAUUUUGGAAGGACAGUGCCCGCUGGAUUUAACUAAAAGAGAGACGCCAUUGCUCGCGAUAAUAAGUGAACGAGACCCCAUUCUCGACCAUCCAAAAAGACCCAAAUGGGCAUACAAUAUGUCAAAGGAAAAAGUGAACAAUAAUGAAAAUCGUAUGUUUGAUCAAUGGCUUACAAAGAUUCAUGACAAGUACGACAACGAGCAUUUGAACCACUUUGAACACAAUUUAGAAGUCUGGCGACAGUUGUGGCGUGUCAUGGAACGUGCAACGCACGUCGUGGUCGUGGCCGAUGUCCGCAAUCCAUUGUUGCACAUUCCCGCGUCUGUGUAUGACUUCGUGACAAACGAACUGAAGAAACCACUGAUUGUGGUACUUAACAAAGUUGAUUUGAUCUCCGCCGCUGUUGUGGAGCUCUGGAUACACUACCUCGUUAGACAAUUUCCCCAAGCACAUUUUGUGUGUUUUUCUUCCCGCUCGAAUGCUGUACAUGGUGAUAAUGACGUCAGCACACGUCGUCGAGUUCUCAGCAAAAAACUGGAGGUCGGCGACACAAUGGCGAUGAAAGGCGCCGUUGAUAUUCUCGUGGCUUGUGGAGUGUGUACAAUGGAGGCACAACAGCUUGUAAAAGAGCUAAAUGAAAGCCUGACAGAACGAGACAGCUUGGACACUCAGUCUGAUGCUAAAGAAGGCAAUAAGAAGAGCGGUAAGCGUCGAAGUAGGCGAAAUAAAGAUGAUCGUGGUUCUCGAGUUUCUGUGCCUGGUUAUAUCGAAGCAUUUAAAGUCUCCGCGUGCCAGCACUGCGGAUGUGACGAUGCUGUCACUGCGUGUAUGUCGUGCGCAAAUGGUGAUAGACCAAACAAUACUGACAUUAAUGUCGAAAGCGAAGUUGAUGUCGUCGCUCGGGGUUAUUUGUUGUGUGCUCGAUGUGACGAUGAAGAGCAUGCCGAAUUGAAGGAUCACAUCCAGGUGCGUCUUCAGUCGGUACGGACAGCAGAGACGGCAAGCGUUGAAGCAAUUCAUCAGCCGAGUACUACUAACAUAAUAAUCGGACUUAUUGGACACCCAAACGUUGGCAAGUCCAGUGUGUUGAAUGCAUUGGCUGGCAAAAAGAUUGUGAGUGUAUCUCACACACCGGGGCACACGAAACGACUACAGACGAUCAUGAUUUCACGUGAGAUAUGCAUAUGUGAUUGUCCUGGGCUCGUAUUUCCAUUUGCUGGCGUCCCAAAAUAUUUACAGGAGCUAAGUGGAUUGUAUCCAUACUCUCAGAUACGAGAGCCCUACUCAGCAGUCCGCUUUCUUGCAGAACAUGUUGCGCUCGAAAGCAUUUUAAAUUUGAAGCCUCGUACACAACUGUUUGACGGCUUACAAGAAGAAUUGCAAUGGACACCGUGGACGUUAUGUGAAGCAUAUGCGGAGAAGCGUGGGUAUCGAACAGAUCGUCGUGGAAGACCUGAUCACCAGCGCGCUGGAUCAGAAUUAGUUCGCGACACUGUCGAUGACAUCUUGCCUCUGUUUUUUCUACCACCUGAUUACACUGGCAAAGAUAUCACACCUAAAAGUAUCGCCAGGUACAGCAAGCAGGAGCAAGUUUUAGCACAGAACGAUGGGAGCGAUGACGAUAGGAAUGCUAGGUCUGACGAACAGGAGCAAGUUCAAAAGCCAACCGCUGAACCUGUGAAAAGAAGGGGACAAUCUGCGCUUGUCAACGCAUUCAGUGCUUUAGACUUAAACUCGAGCGAUGAAAAUAGCGACGAGUGA